AUGGAGAGAGGUGCAGGGAGAUACUGGACUGAGGAUGAGAUUCGAGCUCUGUUAAGCGUUUGGUCUGAAAAGAGCAUUAAAAAACAGCUGCAUGGAACACUGAGAAAUAAGGGGUUAUUCAUGUAUAUAGCUAAAAGAAUGCAGCAGUUAGGAGUAUUCCGGGACUGGAAGCAAUGCCGCGCAAAGUAUAAAAAUCUGAAAUAUGAAUAUAGAGCAAUAAAAUGUGGUACCAGCUUUGGAGACGGAAGCAAGAUGCGAUUUUAUGAUGAGCUGGAUGCCAUACUGGGAUCAGAGACAGUUGCUGAAUUAGCAGAGAAUGAGGAGAGAAGCCCGAAUCUGGAAACGGAGAUGCAUCUGGAUUCCAUCAAUCCUAGAGAUCAGGUGGAAGGUAAAAAAAAUCUUAAGUUUUGUUAUGUCUUGGGUUGUAUAAGUUAAUCAGCUCGGAAGUCUGUGUGCAGCACAAACAGCACAGUUCAAACCAACAACCGAUUUAAUUGACAUGAUGUGAGCUCCCCCUCUGUUGAAUUCCAAAAGUGCAGCCAAUAAUUUUAUUGUUAAACUGAUCGGUUUAUCAUUAGCAGUUCCAUGGUAAGACUUUAUUAAUAUCAACAUUUAACUAUGAAUUAGACUUGUGCACAUGUUUUGGGAUUCGUCCAUGUGGUAUUUCGGCUCGGUUUGGAUUUUGUCCAUACAGUUGUUUUUAGAAAAGCAAAAUUACCGUACUCCUUUUUUUCACUCUGUUGGUUACUUAUUCUCACUUGAUUUGUAAACCAAAAGGACAUGAAAAUAGGCCUAUUGGUGUACUGCAGACUAUAUACAUAAUAUAAAUGUUAUGCUGUACACUGACAGGUGCAUUUUCCUGUGAUUUGGUUCACAGGUCCAGAAGGAAAAGUAACCAACAUAGUGAAAAUAAAGGAGGAGCUAUAUUUAAAUAGUAUAUAUUUCUUAAUAAAUCUUAAAUAUCUUAUAUAAGAUAUAAACAUAGUUUAUUCUUGCUGCUCCAACUUUUUUUCCUCUUGGUCACUUCUCUUGAUCUGUGAAUUAAAUCAACAUUUAACUGUCCCCUAUCAAUCAAUAAUAUUUUCCCAUCAAUUAUCUCUUUUCUUGGCUCCACAAAUAGAACUCAGAUUCACAAAUCAAAAGUAACUGUUCAUCCAUUGAACGUUUAAUUUGUUUUGUGAUUUGGUCAGAUUGCAGUUCUGAGUAACGGGAUUUUACACAACCCACCGAUCCGCCAAAAUUUAGGCCACUCACAAUUUGUUUCAAACAGAAUGCCGAAGUCUACUUUAAAUAAAUGAAACACUGUCAUUUGUUAAACUAAAUCUGAACUGUAGUGUUUUCAUUCCAAAUAUCAAUGUUUAUAAAUGUAUGAUGUUACUGGUAUAGGGCCUGUCCCUUUCAGAACAAAAUAUUACAUUAAUAAUCAAAUAUUAUUCCCCAUGUGAAUGCAUAAAUAUACAGGUAAACAUUUCUGCGUGAUCAGGAAUCCACUUGACUAAACUCAUACAAUAUAAUAGAAUAUGAUUAUAGCUAUAUGCUUAGUUAGAACUAUACUUAACACCUUACUUUCUACUAACUCAGAAGUUAAUUGAAUACUCCAAGAACUAUAGCAAGCUCCAGGAGCAAACUGUUUGCAAGUGUGUCUAGAAUUGGUGAUGUUUUAAGGGUGGUUUAAUAUUAUUUGAUUUACAUUUUUUUGUUCUGUUCACACACUUUGCAUUUUGUUAACUGAUAAACUAUUCAAUUAACAUUUCUAUUUUAUAUUGUGAAUAUUGUUUAUAUUGUUCAGUAGUUUAUGUAUGUAAUGAUACUCAACUUUUUUCUGAAACACAUGUAUUUGAACAUUAAAAGUUUGUAUUUGUAAAAAUGUUAGUAUACUUUUUUGAACGAGAUUCCAGUUUAAUGUGUUUGAUGUUGAAAGGGUUACUCCAACCCUUUUUCGCAGAUUAUUUGUUUUAAGUCAAAAUUCCCUUUGCAUUUUACUCCCUCCAUUUAUAUUUUGAAACCUGCAAAAAAAAAAAAAGAUUAAAACUUAAUUUUAACCAUGUGCCAGGUCCAAUAUCCCCACCUUCUCUGAUUUCCUACAGUGAAAGGUCUUCUGGCACUAUGAUCAUCUGAUUCAUAUACUACACCGUCACAUCCACAGCAGCAUUACAGGCAAUCGUAGUCGUUUAAAGGAAAACUAUGGUCCCAGGAAAACAAAUUUGUUUUUUUAACCAUAUUAAGUGGAAAAGUAGUAAACUAUUUUUUAUUCCUCACCCACAGUCAUACCUGGAGACCUAACCCAAGGAGACAUUGAAAAUAGUCAUGUAAUGAUUCCAUCUAUAUCUAAUGAAGGAGGGAAACACUGGACUGACAGAGAAAUCCAAGCACUAAUAAAUAUCUGGUCUGACAAGAAUAUACGUUGGCAAUUAAAAGGCACUGUAAGGAACCAGGGAAUCUUCGAGCACAUAGCCAGCCUGCUCCAGAAAGAAGGGAUAGACAGGGAUUGGAGGCAGUGCAGAACAAAGUAUAAAAACUUAAAGCACGAGUAUGUGGUUUUAAAAAGAGCAAAAGAAUCUGGAAAUAGAACAAAGACUAUGAAAUACUUUGACGAACUGGAUGUGAUACUGUGCAGCAAAUCUUCAGGACAUAGAAAGAGUUUAAACAUCACAGAUAUGCAAGAGUCUCGUACAUGGAACGAUUACUCUGCAACAAAUUCUUUAUCAGGUAAGUAAUGUAAAACAAUCAAACUAGCUAUGGUUAUUGGUAGAAAAAAAUAUGGUUUUGCAAAAAAGGUGAUCAUAUGACAUAAUAAUUUAUAAAUUUACUAGAUAGAAAGUAUUGCCAUUCAAUUUGUGAAACACUUAUGGAACACAAGUUUAUUUCAAGAAGACAAAAAAAUCCACCUGUCAUGAUUUUGACCUUUUCUUCUCUCAAAGUUUUGAUGUUCUUUUAGUCGUACUAUACAACACAUAUUUUUAAAUGAAAAUUAAACUGACACUCCAGGCUGGAGGUAGCCACCAAUGUUAUUACAUUUUAUACAAGUUUAAAAUACCUAUAACUGCUGCUAAUCCAUAGGCAAGUAGCAGAUACCUCUUACCAGACAAGGAAGAGGCUCCAGUUUAUCAUUUUGGUACACGGCAUCUUAUUCUAUGACCUCUCUGCAUAAUAGAUAUUGGGAGAUAUAGUUCAAAAUCAGCAGCAGUUUGUAGUUCUCAAACCAUUACCCCAGAACCGCCAAUUGUCCAGUGUUUAUAUAUUUCCAAUUUAUGUUCAAAUCAGGUGACAAUUAAAACAUUGACCACAUGGGUAAUCUUCAAAGCUGUUCUGUCACUGCACCCAACCCCUUCAAAAUGAGUAUUUCAUAAAUAUAAAACUUGAUGAAACACUCAUCUUGACUGAGUUGGAAAUUGGAUUAACUUCCAAAGCAGUCGAAAGAUAUACCUAUUUAACUUUGGAUGCACCUUUGGUGCUGGUCCAUCCCACUAUCCUCUCUCGCCUUAACUGCUGCAGUCCACUUUUCAGUGGUCUUACAUGUUCCCAACUUGACCCGUUCCAGUCUAUAAUGAAUGAAGGCUCAUCUUCCUGUCCACCCUGACUUCCCACGCCUCACUCUCUGUCAAUCCCUACAUUGGCUUCCCAUACAUGGGCUCAAUUUAAAAUUAUGGUACUAACUUACAAAUCUCUACAUAUUGCUUCUCCUACCUAUCCUCCCUAAUACACAAGUAUGUCCUAUCUAGGUCUAUACGAUCUGCCAAAGAACUGCUAGUAUCCUCUGUCCAUACUCCCACCUCUGAUGCUGACCUCCAAGACUUCUCUAGGGCUGCACCAUUCCUGUGUAACUCCAUUACCUGCUCCGCUAGGCGAUCACCCAGUAUCCACUUCAAAAAAUCAUUGAAAACUUACAUCUUUAGGAAAGCGUAUCAAUUAAACUGUUAAUAGCUUUCCCUCCCCGCACCCUGAUUCCUCUCCUGCAACUGUCAUAAAGAAAACACCAAAACUAAGCGUUCAGUGAAUACUAUCCCAGCAACCUACUUUUCAACCGUACCCUUACCUUUUGUGUCACAUUACCCCACUCCCUCUAGCAUGUAAGCUUAUUUGGGCCUCACCCUCAACCCCCUCUGUUCCUGUGCAUCCAACUCAUCUGGUUACAAAUACUUGUCUGUUAGUCCACCCAUUAUACAGUGCUAUGGAAUUUGUUGGCGCUUUAUAAAUAAUAAUACUAAGACAAAGUAGGGACUGCUUUGUCUUAGUAUUUUUCCGAGGCUUGACAAAAGGCAGAGCUACCUUUGUCAAGCAUUGCCAUUUCUCACAGGUAAAAAGGCUAUGUCUAUGGAGGAUUCCAUGGUCUCAGGUUCAGGUAAGUAAAACUCACCUCCUCUUGCACCCCAUGGCUACUAGUCAUCCAACGCAGCAGCCACAGUUGGGGGUCUUUACAAAUUAUGCAAAGACCUCAGAUGGUGACAGAGCCACAUUAAAGAGUAUUUUGUACUUUAAACUAUGUUAUCUGUGUCACUGUGUCUUAGUCCGCAUGUUCAGUGAACUGACACUGGCAGCAAUCUUGUUUCACCAUACUUACCUGCCCAAUGAAUGUAGUUGUCUGUUAUUAUUUUCUUUAAUUUGCUGCAGUGUACACUUGCAUUCCAUCCUGCUCCAUAGACAAUAUAACCACAUAAUACUCAAUAAUCAGGUGCAGAAGGCAAAAACAGAAUGUGUGGUUCCAGGAUAGAAGCACAAAAAAAUGAUAGACCCUGCAGUGACAUCACAUGUAGGAGUGAUUUCUGAGGCCUGAUGUUUGCACAAGUGACACUUGAAUUUUGGUGAGAAUCUGCUUACCCAUAAUAUCACAUUAAAAAUCACGAGGUAAAGGGAGAUUAACAGGGUUAUUUAUUGAGAAUUGUCAGGUUUAAAGCCAAAGUAGCUGCACUGAAAGCAUAGCUGAAAUGAAGCAUGUGUCCAGUUCAGCUACUUUGGACUUAAAUUUGUAAUUUACCUUGAAUUUUCACUUUAGUAAAAAACAAACAAAAAAAACCCUGUUACUGUUCACCUAUAAAAACAAUUCUCCCAGUUAUGACAAUAACCCAUCUUCAUACAAAUCUGUAAACACAACUUCAUGAUUAUAUGCAUUUUAAAUAUAUGUCAAACAUACAUUUUAAAUAGUAUUGCACAUUUUAAGGUAUUUUAUUUACAAAACUGCGGACGUGCACACGUUGUAUGCCAAAUCAAAACUGCGGACGUGCACACGUUGUAUGCCAAAUCAAAACUGCGGACGUGCACACGUUGUAUGCCAAAUCAAAACUGCGGAUGUGCACACGUUGUAUGCCAAAUCAAAACUGCGGAUGUGCACACGUUGUAUGCCAAAUCAAAACUGCGGAUGUGCACACGUUGUGUGCUUCUUGCUACUUGCUUCUCCCAACAUAUUAAUAAUCAAAGUUAAUAAGAAAGUUCAAGCCAUGAACGAAAGCAAGCCUUUUCUGAUCUUCUGAGUAUCUAUUUGACUUUCUUUUUUUUUGUCAUAUAUUUGUUUAGUAUUAAAAAAUAUAGGUCAGUUCCAACAUAGACUUUUAUAAGUGAAGUGAAAAAAGUCAGCUGGUGAGAUAGCUCUCUAUUUUCUUUCCUUUCUUUUGUUUUCCUGCGUAGUUAAUAUAAGUAUUCAUUUUUUUUAAAACAUAUUCUAGUUAUUAUAUCAUAUUACCCAUAGGAGUUGCUGAAUGUCAUGCUAAAGAACUCUACGUGGUUCCAGAUAGUGGUGAAAUGUAUGAAAAUAGCAAACAACCCUUAGAUUCAGGUAAGAUAAAAAGAGAAGAAACUGUAAUAAGAGGUCAUUAACACUGUCUGAGAUAGCUGAUAUUUCCAUAUGAUUUAAAUAUAUAUAAAAAUUAGCAAUUUGUCACAAAGAACUAAAUAUGAAGAUUAUGUGUAUGAAAUAAAUGAGCGGAAAAAAAAUCUAAAAGCUAUGCUAAUAAAAGAGUAGGGCUAAGUUCUAAAUGUAAAACAGUUACCAUGGAAACAAAUGGUACAGCCCUGCUCAUCAUACCUGCUCACCCUUUUGGUUUCUGUGGGUAGUCAUCUACUUUACUAAUAUUGACACUUUUAUAAAUCUCCUCUAUCGUGUCAAAUGUUAAAAUCUCAAAAGAAUUAUAGAAACAUAGAAUGUGAUGGCAGAUAAGAACCAUUCGGCCCAUCUAGUCUUCCCAAUAUUCCAAAAUACUUUUAAUAAGUCCCUGGCCUUAUCUUAAGUCUAGGAUAUUCUUAUGUCUAUUCCACACAUGCUUAAACUCCCUCACUGUGUUAACCUCUACCACUUCAGCUGGAAGGCUAUUCCAUGCAUCCACUACCCUCUCAGUAAAGUAAUACUUCCUGAUAUUAUUUUUAAACCUUUGCCCCUCUAAUUUAAGACUAUGUCAUCUUGUUGCGGUAGUUUUUCUUCUUUUAAAUAUAGUCUCCUCCUUUACUGUGUUGAUAUCAUAUCUUAUAUGGUGGCAAUACUUACCCCUAGCUAAAUUCUGGAAAGGAGUUUGGCAACCGUGGGUCUUCGAAAAACAAGUAACAUUUGUCCAUGGACAUUUUAUUUGUGUCUCCCAGUAAACCUAUUGUCUAAAGUACAAAAUCCAGGGUAAGUUGCUCCUAAAAAUGUUCUUAUCCUCCAGACAUUUUCUCUCGCCUUAUUGGCUAAAGAACAUCUCUCCUCCCAAAUCUUUGAUUAUAAAUAAGAUCCAAGGUAACAUGAUGAUGGACAGAGUUCCAGCAAUGGCCAACCACAUUUUCCUUACAUUCAUUAAGCUUGGGAACCCUGGAUCUCCCUUUAAGUUUAUUUUACUUUUCUAUUACCUCCCCUUGCCAUCUCCUUCCCUUUUCAGUAACAAGACACAAACCAAAUAUAGGAAAGAACACUUCAACUAUGGGACCAAACAAUGCUUAGCUCUCAUGAAUGAUCUGUAACACUACAGAUUGUCUCAGUAAUCGGAUUAAAGUAAUCAUAAUGUGAUGCAUUUCUUCGCUCAUAAAAAAAACAAGGGUGAAGACAUAGGAGGUGAUUCACAUCAUUUCUACGUACCUCCAUAAAACUUGGGUUGGAGAAGGUGCCAUGACUACAUUUUGAGUGAAACAAACAAAACGUUAUUAACAGGUAGAGCUCAGUCACGUGUUGUUUGCUCAGAUAGUAUAGUGUUGGACAUAAGCUAAACAAAAUGUAUGCCAUUUAUAUAUGAAGUCUAUGUUUAUAAGUGCCAUACAAUCUGUGUUAUCUAUAUUUUAGGACCUACAAGGCUAUAUACGGAAGGAGGAAAGCACUGGACAACAGAGGAAGUCAAGGCUUUGAUAACAAUUUGGUAUGACCACGAUAUACGAAAACAGCUGGAAGGAACUGUGAGAAACAGAAGGAUAUUUGAACAUAUUGCCAGAUUGCUCCAGAAUUUAGGCAUAGAGAGGGACUGGAGACAGUGCCGCACCAAAUACAAAAACCUAAAGCAUGAGUACAUUGUGACCAAGAGAGCGCUGGAGUCAGGGUACGCAAACAAGACUAUGAAAUUCUUCUACAUAUUGGAUGACAUCAUGCAGAACAAGGUUUCAGAGCUACCAAGCCUGUCAGUUGCAGAUACAACAAAGAAUGUGUUCAACAGUGCAAUCGCAAAAACAGAUAUGUUACAUGUUACAGGUAUUAUAUGUUAUUCCACCAAAAUAUUGCUUAGCUAUAGUUAAAAUCCUUGUUAUAAUAAUAUUAUGAAUGUAAGGUGAACAUGUAUAUUGUCAGUACUGACUGCAAGCUCGGUUUAGGCCCGGGGUAGGCAACUUCAGCACUCUAGAUGUUGUGAACUACAGUGAGGGAAAAAGUAUUUGAUCCCCUGCUGAUUUUAAACGUUUGCCCACUGACAAAGAAAUGAUCAGUCUAUCAUUUUAAUGGUAGGUGUAUUUUAACAGUGAGAGACAGAAUAACAACAACAAAAAUCCAGAAAAACGCAUGUCAAAAAAGUUAUAAAUUGAUUUGCAUGUCAACGAGUGAAAUAAGUAUUUGAUCCCCUAUCAAUCAGCAAGAUUUCUGGCUCCCAGGUGUCUUUUAUACAGGUAACGAGCUGAGAUUAGGAGCACUCUCUUUAAUCUCAGCUUGUUACUUGUAUAAAAGACACCUGUCCACAGAAGCAAUCAAGCAGAUUCGAAAAUCUCCACCAUGGCUAAGACCAAAGAGCUGUCCACGGCUUGUCAGGGACAAGAUUGGCUGGAAUAGACUACAAGACCAUCGGCAAGCAGCUUGGUGAGAAGGUGACAACAGUUGGUGCGAUUAUUCACAAAUGGAAGAAACCCAAAAUAACUGUCAGGCUCCCUCGGUCUGGUGCUCCAUGCAAGAUGUCACCUUGUGGAGUUUCAAUGAUAUGAGAACAGUGAGGAAUCAGUACAGAACUACAUGGGAGGAUCUUGUUAAUGAUCUCAAGGCAGCUGGGACCAUAGUCACCAAGAAAACAAUUGGUAACACACUACGCCGUGAAGGACUGAAAUCCUGCAGCGCCCGCAAGGUCCCCCUGCUCAAGAAAGCACAUGUACAGGCCCAUCUGAAGUUUGCCAAUGAACAUCUGAAUGAUUCAGAGGAGAACUGGGUGAAAGUGUUGUGGUCAGAUGAGACCAUAAUUGUGCUCUUUGGCAUCAACUCAACUUGCCGUGUUUGGAGGAGGAGGAAUGCUGCCUAUGACACCAAAAACACCAUCCCCACCAUCAAACGUGGAGGUGGAAACAUUAUGCUUUGGGGAGGGGGUUUUCUGCUAAGGGGACAGGAAAACUGCACUGCAUCAAAGGGAUGAUGGACAGGGCCAUGUACCGUCAAAUCUUGGGUGAGAACCUCCUUCCCUCAGCCAGGGCAUUGAAAAUGGGUCGUGGAUGGGUAUUCCAGCAUAACAAUGACCCAAAACACACAGUCAAGGCAACAAAGGAGUGGCUCAAGAAGAAGCACAUUAAAGUCCUGGAGUUGUCUAGCCAAUCUCCAGACCUUAAUCUCACAGAAAAUCUGUUGAGGGAGCUGAAGGUUCGAGUUGCCAGUCGUCAGCCUCGAAACCAUAAUGACUUGGAGAGGACCUGCAAAGAGAAGUGGGACAAAAUCCCUCCUGAGAUAUGUCCAAACCUGGUGGCUAGCUACAAGAAAUGUCUGACCUCUGUGCUUGCCAACAAGGGUUUUGCCACCAAGUACUAAGUUGAAGGGGUCAAACUUAUUUCACUCAUUGACAUGCAAAUCAAUUUAUAAUUUUUUUUACAUGCUUUUUUUCUGGAUUUUUUUUGUUUUUCUGUCUCUCACUGUUAAAAUACAUUUACCAAUAAAAUUAUGGACUGAUCAUUUCUUUGUCAGUAGGCAAACUUUCAAACUCAGCAUGGGAUGAAAUACUUUUUUCCCCUCACUGUACAUCUCCCAUAAUGCUCUUACAGACUUAAUGCUGGCACAGCAUCAUGGGAGGUGUAGUCCAUAACAUUGGAAGUGUUGAAUGUUGCCUACCCAUUUGGUAGAUUUGGCAAUUUCUCACGCUUAACUGGAGAAAACAUCUAUGCCAUGGUCAUACAUCCCAGAACUUAAUCCAGUUAUAUAGUGCUAUCCAUUGUUAAAUCAGAAAUUAAAGAAUCCCCUUUAUUCUACCACUUUAGUUCUCAUAAAAUCUUGUUCUCAGUUUGACUAUCUUAAAGAUCCCCAUACAGAAUCAGCUGAAGAAUCGUCCUUGGUUAAAGAAGAGCACAGAAGAAAAGAUUUAAAUGUGGAGAAUAAUUGUCCUGGUGAGUAAAAUGUAUAUUGACUCAUACUCAUACUCAUAAUCAUACUCAUAUUCCUGUAUUCAUUCACUGAUGCACAAGGGGCUGAAAGGAAUAACUUUUCUUAUCUGAGUGACAUUUUUUGUCCUCCUGAGUUCCAUGGUGUUUGCCUCAGCAAUUACAGACACCUGGGCGUCGAAUGAUUCAGUACUGUUAGAAAAUGCCCAUAGACUUUAAUGCUGAGUUCUGCAAAUAAAUCAUUUGUAAAGAUUUCCCAACAGUAUUGAAUCAUUUGAAAGCUUAUAAAAAAAAAAAUAUCAGAGCAUAACAAUAUAUCAUAAAAAAAAUGUAUCAGAGCAUAUCAAAAUGUUAUUGUAUAGUAUGAUUUCACGCUAAUUGGAGAUGGCACGCUCUUUCAUUCCAACCACUACAAUGUACUGUAGUGGGUAUAAUGAUUAGAAUGCCGCUUUAUCUAACUAUGGCAUUGAUUUAAUAUUGUUGGAGACAUUUUCCAAAUGAUUUAAUAUUUUUGGAUAAACUUUAAAAACUAUUAAUAUUAUGAGAAAUAUUUACAUGUUAUAAUAUGUUGAUAUUUUUUGAUAUAUUGAUAUAUUUUUAUGUAUGAUAUAUAUUUAAAUUUAUUGAAAAAAAUCAUUUUACAAGCUUUGUUUUUGUCAUGCAUAUUUUUUUAAAAUGAUUUUAUGUUUGCUGGCUAACUGUUCAUCACUUUUAAUAUCACUGUUUGCUGCAUGUUGUGCCUCAGAAAACAUGUACUAGCAAUGAAUAAAAAGGCAGUAUAAAAAAAGAAAACAUGACCGUGAUAGAUAUACCAUUAUAUAAAUACAAUGAUGUUUAUUCACUGAUUGGUGAAUAUGUUAUAGCAGAUUCAGUCAGCCUCACUUGGCUCAUUUAUUUUAAAUCUGUUUUGACGGUAUUCCUCUGAAUUUCACUGUAUUCUCUGCUGGAUUAAAUCAAACCGCAUUGUGCUGCGUGAGUCCCAGACUUCUUCAAAUGAAUCUCAUGGCCAUAGCAAGAUUUGUGUUAAAAUGGUUUCAUCUAAAUGGCAGUUCAAAUUCCUGCUAUAAGAAAAAAAAGACAAUUGUAAGAUAUCAGAGUUUGCAGGAAUCUAUGAUCUGCAAACUUUCUUUGUCUUAGGGAUGAGCAUAACCACCUAGCAAAGCUAGUGGGUAUGCGGCAGCCUCCCGGAGUCAAAUGCAACAGCAACAGCCUUUCAGCCAAUCAGGUAAUCAGGAGAGCCGUGCUGAGCGCGGGAAUCCUGAUUGCCUCAGAUUUUUUAAAUUGUGAAACUGCGGAUGGUUAGCAUAUCCCACGAAGUACUAAGGAUUAAUAUUGCCCAAAGUGUAUAGGAAUAUAAUUAAACAUCUAAACACAAAAUAAAACAAUUCAAGAAGCCAAUAGUACAGGGGAACAAGAAAAAUGUUUAAUAAGUCAUGAAGACAUAUAAAAUAGACUUGAAACUUUGUAUGAAACAAACAGCUGAGCCGAAAACAAGGCAACAAUGUAUAGCAAAGGAAAGUAUCAAAUGAACACUGGAACCAUUCAUCAUAAAUUGCAACAAAAUAAGUUCAAUAAAGAGAAAAGAAAUGUUGUAACAAGUCCCAGCAAACAGAUUCUUUAUGCAGGGAGUCCAUGAGAAUAUCAUACUGACGAGACUACUAGCAUCCAGGGGCGUACCUAGAGCAUUUGGCACCCGGGGCGGAUCCUGUGCUUGGCACCCCCCCUCCCCCCCUCGCCCCCCCCCAAAAAAAAAAAAACCUGUAAAAAAUGUAAAGGUUCUCUUUUUUUUUUUUACAAUUUGUUACAGGCAGACAGUCACAUACAGUCACAGGCAGACAGUCACACAUACACAUUUCCUCCGUGCGGCCAGUUUAUCAGCUGUUUGCUUGUGUGAGCUGUACUGCCACAGCCCCCUCCAGCCAGGGCCGGUGCAAGGAUUUUUGCCGCCCUAGGCAAAAGUAAAGUUUGCCCCCCUCCCCCCCAUGUGACAUCACAAUGCCCCACCCAUAUGAUUUGAUAUGUUAACUAACGCCAGUGCUGCAGUGCCGCCGUGUUUACAUUAAAAGGCCUGCAGGGACAGGCUAUAGACACCAGAACCACUACAUUAAGCUGAAGUGGUUCUGGGGACUAUAGUGUUUCUUUAAUGUGAGGUAAAUUAGAGCUUAGUGCCACGAAUAAUAUACUAGAUUGCCUACUUACAACCAGAUGAGGAUGAUGAUGGGCUCUAGCUGCAGUCUGGCUUCACUGGUCUGGUGCAGAACAGUCUCUCUGCAGGCGGUUUGUAACUGUGGUCACAAAAAUCAAUGUUCUGGGAGAACGGGAAGCAGCUCCAUUUUUUGGGGGUCCUUUACACAGCUCAAGGUCUGGGUUCCAGGGUCCACCUUCAUGUUCCACCAAUGAGUUUGUUCACAGGGGGUGGAGUGUGUAGGGGAUGUCCUGAUAUGUGUGUAAGGAAUGCAUUGUGUGAAAUUGUGUUUGUAUGUGUAAGGGCUGCAAGGUGUGUUUCUUUGUAUGUAUGGGAUGCAUUGAAUGUGUGUAAGGGGUGCAUUGAGUGUGUGUAAUGAAUGCAUUGUGUGUUUCUGUGUGUGUAAGGGAUGCAUUGUGUGUAACGGUUGCAUUGCUUGUGUAUGUGUGUCUGUGUGUGUAAUGCAUUGUGUGUUUUUCUGUGUGCAAGGGGUGCAUUGUGUGUAUGUGAUGAAUGUCAAUCUCUCCUCCCGCUCCAAUUUCCUUCUCCUCCACCCAAUUUCUCUUUCUCACCCCCCCUCCUAAUUUCUCUUUCCCCCCUCCUAAUAUCUCUUCCCCCCUCCUAAUUUCAAUUUCUCUUUCCCCCCUCCUAAUAUCUCUCCCUCCCUCCUAAUUUCUCUUCCCCCUCCUAAUUUCUCUCUCACCCCCUCUCUCCUUUCUCACCCCCCUCCUUUCUCUUUCUCUCCCCCCCUCCUUUCUCUUCUCACCCCCCCUUUCUCCUUCUCACCCCCCUUUCUCCUCUUUCUCACCCUCCCUUCUCACCCUCCCUUUCUCCUCUUUCUCACCCCCUCUUCUCCUUUCUCACCCUCCUCCUUUCUCACCCCCCCCUUUCUCCUCUUUCUCCUUUCACCCCCCUCUCUCCUCUUUCCCUCUCCUUUUUCACCCCCUUACCUCCUCCUUCACCCCCUCUCCUCCUUUCACCCCCCUCCUCUUUUCACCUAACCUUUUCACCCCCUCUCUUCCCCCCCCUCCUCUUUUCCACCCCCCUCCUUUUCACCCCCUUUGCUCCUUUUUCACCCCCUCUCUCCUCUUUUUCACCCCCCCUCCUUUUUCACCCCCCCUCUCCUUUUUCACCCCCCCUUUCUCCUCUUUCACCCCCCUCUCUCACCCCCCCUUUCUCCUUUUUCACCCCCUCUCUCCUCUUCUGCCCCCUCUCCUUUUCUUUUCCCUCUCCUCUUUUCGCUGCUUCUCCUUUUCACCCCUUUCUCCUCUUUCACCCCCCUCUCACCCCCCCUCUCUCGCUGCUGCUGCCUCCCAGCUGCCCCCCUCCCUGCCUUUCCCACCGCCAGGCCGGCGGGCGCGACAUGUAGUCUCGAGGAACGGGGAGCGUAUCUCCUGUACCCGGCCGGACUAACAGGAAGUGAACACUGAGUGUGCACUUCCUGUUAGUCCGGCCGGGUACAGGAGACAGCUCCCUCCCUGUACCCGCCGGCUAUGCAGGGCUCGGCCACGCUACAGGGACGGAGCUGACAGGUGGGAGCUUCCUCCUGUCAGCCUCUCCCCAUGCUGCGCCCGGGCGGUGCGGUCCGCCCUCAUGGAAGCACCGCCCGGGCAAUGCUGCAGCCGCCUGAGGCUCAAUACAGAGCGCUCGGGCGGCUGCAGCAUAUGGGGGGGGGCUGAUCAUGGCACCCCCCACCCGGCUGGCACCCGGGGCGGACCGCCCCCCCCGCCCCCCCCUUAGUACGCCACUGCUAGCAUCCAAUCCUCCUAAUUAGGUGGAUCCUUGGUUUGUUGGUCUUGUCUUGGAGUACGGCUAUAGUCUGUAAAAAACAAAACAAAGAACAGUUAUCAAUAGGCUGAAUAAGCACCAGAUAACCUUAUGUUUUAGAAAAACAAACUACCACCAGCAGGCAAAACCCUUAACUUAGAGGAGGGGGGUGCGGACGCUAUUGCUAGGUGGUUAUGCUCAUCCCUAAGACAAAGAAAGUUUGCAGAUCAUAGAUUCCUGCAAACUCUGAUAGUGGGUAGAAUAGCACACACCUGGUGGUGCUCCUUAGAAACUGAAGGCGUUCAACUUCUGAUGGCCUCCAGUAAAAUCUAACAAAGGUUUUACUGGACAACCAUCUAGCAGCUUUCAAGAUAGUAGGGAGAGGAAGGCCUUUUCCUGCUGCUUUAGUAGCCGAGGCUCCCCUAAUUGAAUGGCUUUUUAACAUGGAAACAUCAAUACCAGCCAAAGACAUGGUGGAAAGUAUCCAGCCUCUAAUUGUAUUAACCUUGGCUGGACGAAAGGGAUUCCUUGAUGUAAUAAAUAAUUGACUGAUAUAAUUUCUAAAUACAGCAGAAAGUUGAAGGUACGAUUGUAACAAACUGACUAAACAUAAGCCUGGUUUGGAAGGAUCUUAAACCAAAUCCAAUUCUACCGGACCAGGAGAAAAUGGGAUGUUUUUUGUCUGCCUUUUAGUAUAAUAUGGAAACCUCCCAAGGAUCUGAAAUAUGGUUUUGAUAUAACUCGGCUCCUCUAGCUGCCAGGGCCAAGGACAGCAGAGAAGCCAACUUAAUAGCAGUUCAUCUUAAAUCAUUUUUAGCAUUAUCCAAAGAAUUAAGGAAAUUUAAUAAGAUGUCUACAACCCAAGUAGAUGUGUAGCGUGGGGUAUAUGGUGAGGAAAUUAUAAAGGCAACACUUUUGUUGGUCUGCUUCAUCUCUGUUGGCAUCUAAGAUGGCUCUUUUAAAGGCGUCUGGCAGGGCAGUGCUAAUUAUUGGCCAAUCCUUUAAUUACAUAUCAAACAUCCGCAGAUCCUGCUGGCUCCAUGCAGCAGGUCUGUCUACCCUAGCCCCCAAAUCGCAUGAGUUCCCAAAUUUGGAGGAUUCUUUACUAUUCGGUCCCUCAUUCAUUCAGCAGGUUAAAGGCCGUUACAAGGCAAAGAGAUCCUUUUCAGAACUCAAGAAGUCCGUCCUUGGCUACAAAAAGCCCUUUCGGACAGAGGGUCGCCCCUAUAGGGCUGCAGGAGCGUCCUGAGAAGCCUCUCACCAGGCCCAGUACCUUUUCCUCAGACAAAUGGGUUCUAAAGAUUUUUCAAAGGAGUUUACAACUCCCCCUUUUAAGGUUCCCAGUCCAGAAAUUUGCACCACACAGACAGGUGAACCCAGUGCUAGAUACCUCCCUUUCCUUAGCUUUAAGUCAAGGGAAGAUAGCGUUGGCAGACAUGUGUAUUACAAUCUUCCAGGCUUAGUACAGAAAGCUUUUUUUCUGCAUAAAGUUAGACCUAAAAGAUGCCUUCCAUUCAGUCCCCACAGCCAAGAAACACAGGCGUUUUCUCAGGUUUCAGUGUAAAGGAAAAGUGUGGCAGUGGACCGUUAUGGUGUUUGGCCUAUCCAAUGCACCAUACACAUUCUCCAGAAUUAUGAAAUCAGUGAUAGCUCAUGUCAGACUAAAAGGUUUCAUGUGUCUGUACUAUCUAGACGACAUCCUGCUCAUGCACCCAGAUGGGGAAGUCCUUGCUUCUCAAAGGGAUUACCUUGCUUCCCUUUUACAAGACCUAGGAUUUGUAGUAAAUUUACAGAAAUCAGUCCUAAUUCCCACUCAAAGCAUCCUCUUUCUGGGUUUCGUACUGAACACCAGGACUAUGUCUCUAGGAAUCCCUCAAGACAAAUGGGACAAAUUACUGGUACAUCUGACCUCAUCCCUCAGGCACCAGAGUUGGUCCUUGAGAGACCUAGCAAAGAUUAUCGGGAAAUUAAUAGCUUUACCACCAGCAUACGACAAUUCCCCCUUUCUUUGCAGAAGAAGUCAACUGUUUUUAGGGAAUCGACUUAGACAGGGCGGCCAUUGGGAAUCAAAAUUCGUUCUCCCCAAGAAGGUCAGAGAAGAGUUGAAGUCCAUUCUGGAGUUAGAAAUUCCACUUCCUCGUCCCCCGUUAGAGCAGCCUGUGGCAGUCAAUAGCUGCCUUCUCUCAUGUCUUGUGUUAACAACAGAUUCUCUGCCAUUGCUACUAGGAUAUCGUACUACCUCUGGAAACCUCUUUAUAACACCAGCAUAUGAGAACAGUUACAGGUUUUUUAUUUCUGAGACGUAUCCUUUUUCUAUAAAAACCUAUAAUCUUGUUUUUUCUAGAGGAUGAAGAUUGUAUGAGUAAUAUCUCCGAUGUUAGUGGCAUUCAUCAUAUGAAGAAUGAGGUAGAUGGAAUUGGUGAGUGAAGGGAUCCAAUCCUAUUAUAUUGUGUUUGGCGUUUGUGUAUAAUUAUAAACAAAUCAACAAGUUAUAUUGCUGUUCCAAAAUGAUUGCAGUGUAUCCACCAGUUAUCCAGUCAAUAUCCCCUUGGGUAUAAAAAAGUGAUGAUUAUCUGGACAGUACAAACAAAUAUAUUGUGUAUGCAUGAAUAGGAAAGCUAAGACAUAAUUCUAAAAACGAGGCAAUCAUGGUGGAAAAUAAUAGAAUGUUCCUAAUGAAUCUUUUCUUCCACUUUUACCACUAACUAUUUGUGUGCAUAACCCUCAUCGUGUUUACAAUUAGAAUGAUUAUCAUAACAAGAGGUCGGCAGUUAGUUUUUAUGUUCAGUUAGGCAAUUCCAAUACCAUGCCGUUUAAUAGGUCUACCCUUCAACUUCAUAUCCUAUUUCUAGCUUCUAUUGUUUUCAAAUAAGCACUUCUCAAACCUGUCAUAAAUACCACAAAUGAUCAAAAUUCUAUUAACAUUAUUUUAAUUUAGAUUGAAUUGGUUAAUGCGUCAUUUGUAACCAAUUUAGCCUUUGAGGACUUAUUUGGAAAGCAUUGCUUUAAUGGUGUAGCCUAUAGCCUUUAUCCUUGUGUUCUAAUACUAACCCAAAUCUUGAUAUGCUUGCUUUCAUUGAAUAUGUACUAAUGUUCCUACAUUAUAAUUGUGUGUGCUCUUUUGUCUUGUGCUGUUGAUCUGAUCUUCCUGGCUAAGCAUCGUGGAUGACAGUAUUUUCCAUAAAAGUUAAAGGAACACUCUUUUUUUUCAUAUGUUAGUAGAGUACGUACACUUGGUGAUUGUAGUAUGUUACUGACAAAAUGGGAGCGAUUGCAGAUGCCUAUGUUACUGCUAACUAAAUAUAAACCCCUUAGUUUGCUUUUUGCUUUAUAGUACAGCAUUAUCGCCAAUGCGUUUUGCCAUCAUUUAAAGUUUGUCAUUUCAAGUCUGAAUCUGUUUGAAAAGAAAAAACAUCCCAUUUACAGCAGAAGAUAUUAUUUCCUUGUUAUAAUUCCAUGGGAUACCUGAGGGAAGCACCAUAUCUUGUUCUUGGCUUUUACAAAUCCUGACAUAAUCACAGGUUUCAAUGCCAUAUGCAUAGAAUGAAGUGAUUGGCUUCAAAGCUAACACUAACCAACACAGAAAGUAUAUUUGCAACAGGUUUGUGGGUGUGAUUGUUGGCUGAGAGUUGGCUGUGAAACCACUUCAGGGUAGGAAAUAUGCAAAGAACCAGCUUGACAAUAGUGAAGAACCAACGCUGGGUUCUAUACUAAAGGACUAAUAUCCAGACUCAUGGUGAAAUUGAAAAAAAAAUACUUUUAUUUAAUCAAUCCAAUAAAAAGAUCAAAAAACUGUCUGCAGCGGGGGGCACGGCAGCAAGAAAGACACUUAUAAGUUUCAUGCCAACAAGGCACUUCCUCAGAACUAGCUUGAGUCUAUACAGGCAAGAGCACAUAGAAUUUCCAAACCUAAACUCAAUGUGACAAAACCAAACUCAAAACUAGGCUGACAGCCUGAAAGCCAAGAUGUAAAACUAUAGCGUGUGAGCCAUUACAAUCGUACAGAAGAUAAAAAGAAAACCUGUUUUAUAAAUCCAGUCCAAAACUGGGAGUGUAAAAAUAGAAUUAUAUCGAAAUAGUUGUAAAAACGUUCAUAGGUUAAUACCAUACACAGAAUGGUAAAAUGAUACAGAAUUGAUUUGAUAGUGACUUGACAGCAGUUUGUUUUCAUUUGUCUGUUGGCCCAGGUGAUAAUUCCGAGUUACAUGAAGAAGCCGAAAAUGAUUUCAGGAUUAUCACUAUAAGCGAUACGGGUGUGGGACGGAACUGGAGUGACCAUGAAGUCCGAGCCUUAUUAAAUGUGUGGUCAGAUGAAAGGAUCUCUCGGCAUCUGGGAGGGACCUUUAGGAACAGAGAGCUUUUUGAAGAGAUCUCACAGAGAAUGAUGGAGUUUGGCGUCAACAGAGACUGGAAGCAGUGCAGGACAAAGUACAAGAACCUCAAGUAUGAAUACUACGGAAUGCUAAGGGAUGGAAGUCAUCACAGUGAAAAGACCAUGAAGUUUUAUGAUGAAAUUGAUAGUAUAAUCCAAAGAAUGCCAAAGAAGUCCGUAGUUCAGGGGAGUGAACUACACAGUGGGGUUUCAAAUGGAAGAGUAGAGUCUUUUGAAAACCAUAACCAGCCACAAGAAACUGCAGGUAAAAUUGCCAGGUAAAGCCAUUGGCUUUAAGUUAGAAAAAAAAAAGAAAAGUCUAAGAGCCCUAAAUAUGGCAGAAAAUUGCAAGUGAGAUCUGUCCCAGAAUGAUUAUAAUUUGAAAUAAAAAUGUAUAAAAUGUAAUAUCAUCAUGAAGAAAAAAUAUAGCAUAUUGAUGUUAUGUACUAAAUAUAUAUCCUUGGGAAUGUGAUAAGAAAGGGAGAGAAAGUAAAAAAGAUUAAAUUAUAUCCUUGUACUUCACCCACCAUCUUCACUCCUUGCAAAGCUGGCUAGUGGCACAACAAAUGUAGAGAUUGCCUUGUGCAAAACUUUUGGGGAACAGCAGGGGGGGGGGGAGCUUUCCUUUGAAUUUUUGACUCAUCUAAGAGGUUUUGUCUUGAUGUGGCAGGUGAGCUUACACUUUAAUUGCCAUUGGAGUUAUACUAAAUAAAAAAACACCUUCAGUUAUUUAAAUGUGCAUAGGGAUUUGGGACAGUGCACAUGUAACUAUUUUCUUUGGUUUUGUAUUGUACAUAUUGGGGCGAAUGUGUACUAAAGUCAUUGCUGCCGAGUAGUUGGAGUUUGAGUGCAGAACUUACUUUUGUAUGUUUUGUAUUUGUGCAAAGUGUUGAUGUUUAAAUAUAGGGGUGUGUUUGCGUGCAGAAUUGGUGUUUGGAUGCAAGGAUGUAUUUGUGUUUGAAUGCAGGGCUAUAUUUAUGUGCAGUGUUGGUGGUUUACAUGCAUUUAUCAUGCAUUGUGCUGAGCUGUAAUUGACGAUUUCUCAUUGGCAGCUAAAGAAACCAUAAAGAUAAAUGAAGACCAUGGGUAUGGCUUAUCACUCAAGAGAAAGGCUCCUUUAACAGGUAUGUUAUAAUAUUAAAACCUUUUAUUAGAUUUCUGUGAGUUAUUUGGAUGGGAGAUAACUACAGCAGUGGUUUCUCCUGUUGUGCCUCAAUCCACCUUAAAGGGACACUAUAGGCACCCAAACCACUUCAUCUCUUUGAAGUGGUCUGGGUGCACUUUCCUUGUCCCCUUUAGUCCCGCUAUGUAAAAUAUUGCAGCACUAAGACAGCCUCUAGUAGCUGUCAGCCGGACUUUAGGUCACUAACGCUCUGCAUGAGGACAUUCAGCAUCAGUGAAAAACACAUAGAAAAUAAUUGAUUCAAUGCUUUCUUAUGGUGAGGACCUAAUGUACUUGUGGUGAUCGGCGCACAUAAAUGGUUAUGUCUGCCCUUUUGCAAACCAGAGUAACGGUAUGCAGCUACUAGUAAUAGGGAAUUUUAGUUAAAUAAACACUGUAGGCACCCAGACCACUUCAUCUCAAUGAAGUUGUCUGGAUUCCUUGCCCCUGUCAUUUUAGUCAUGUGAAGAAAAAUACUGCAGUUUCUGAGAAGUUUCCAGGGAUAACUCAACAUCUAGUGGCUGCCUCUCAAACAGCCACUAGAUGGGGCUGUACGGUUAGUAACCCUCAGCUGUUUGACGUUCGAUGUAUAUAUACAAUGCAGGCAUCUCAAUGUGAGCGCACCUGCUUUGAAACCAAUUGCUGCAGAAGCCUAUAGGAAAGGAUUGAUUCCUCUGAGCAUUAGAGGAGCAUUGGAUUGGACCAUCGGCAGAGAAGGCCUCCAAGACGUCGCUAAAGGAGGAGAGGUGAGCAGGAAAAAGGUAAGUAAAUAAUUUAUUUUUAAAUUGUUUUAGCGACUGGGACCAGGGACCUGAAAAAGACUAUGGACUGAAACAUUUUCAGGUUUGUAUUCCUAACACUAUAGAAUUCCUUUAAUAAAUAUCCCUUUGCUUUGUUUUCAGAAUAUGCAAUAUCAGAUAAAAGGAGGAAUUUAGGACGUGAUGCAAUUGAAGCACAUUCGGGACUUCCUGUCACACAGGUCAUAGGUGACAAUCAGGUAACAGAGAACCAUGUUACCCUGCAAGAUCUCUAUCAGCCUGUCAGAGGGAAUUCAUUACAGACUGCUCCCCAAUGCCAUCAAGACCUCAGCUGCCUGGUGAGUUAUAUCGCUUGUUUCCAGAAGUCUCUGUGUUUGAAGUCAACAUAUAUUGCCAUUAUCUAUGUAUACAGCACCGCCAUUUUGCUCAGACAUGGGCAAUGCAGGGAGCCGUGGCUAACAAACUGCAGGGUGAGCUUAGUUUUAAUUCAAUGGAAGGUUACAGUGGGUUCUUUGCUACUGAGAUUGACCAAAACAAGCUAAGCAUUAUCUGGAAUUGGGUGUAACUAGACAAGAUACAAAUUGUGGCACGGGGAAAGGAGGAGUAGAGGCACAGGUAGUGAUGCCUAUAGAUAAAGGUGGUUAAGUCUGAAAUGUGUAAGCCGUUUGUUCAUCUCUCACCAUUGUAUUUGUUUUGUAAUAAUGCAUUAAUUUCAUGUUAUAUUGUGGUGGACCAUUCAUAAGAUGCCACAAUUUACUGGCAUAAACAGAGUGAUUUAGCUCCUAAAUGGCAGAGAAUUGAGCAGUGAGACUUCACAGGCAGGAUCUAUACACAAAAACUGCUUCAUCAAGCUGAAGUUAUUUUGGUGACUGUAGUGUGCAUUUAACUCUUUGAUGUUUUGUAAAUAUUGAAAAUCUGAAUACAGCAAUUCCCCUUAGCUUUCAGGGGGCAGCUAGCACCCUUUACAACAAAUGUUUCUGCCACUCUUAGAGUGGCGUGGUUUCUAGCACCGGCUAGCAGCUUUCACACUCUUUGUUUUCUUCAUUUAAAUAGUGAAUGGGUCUUUUUUCUUUAGUAAUAUUAAUCAUGUGUUUUAUUUUGCAAAUUAAAUCAAAUGGUAAAAUUAUCGAGAGGCAAAAAAGAGGAGCAAUAAAACAGAGUAUUUUGGUGCAUUACAAGAGGUGGAAAAAAGUCCAAUCUAUAAAGCUUGGGGUAACAAAAAUGUUCACCUCAACUGGUUUAUGUAGGGCAUCCUGCAGAAAUGCUAGCGUAUUUGUAAGUGGAUUGAUGCCGGAAGCCAGGAUUAUCAAUGUUCCAUUGGUUAGCAGUCCAAAUCAUGAGAACUUGGUGGCAGUUUCACACUGCACCUUAUGGUGAAUUUUAUUCCUGUGGAGCUCUGUUAUAUAUUAGUGCAUUACUGUGCAGUUUCUGUAACUCUCACACUGCUAAGCCACAUUAAUAAAUCUCACAGUAAUGUGCAGUAUAUAUAUAUCUGUAACAAGUAUUUUCCAACCAGCAUGCUACCACAAAAUAACUUGGCAGUGCCCUUCCCGAGAUCUCUGGCUCAGCCCCUGACAGGAUCUGACUUGUGCAACAUCAUGUGCAUAUUCACAAUGCAUUCUCAUGCCAACAACUUGCAAGCCAGCCAAGGGGUGGAUUAGGGGAAACUAAUGUUUAUCACAAAGCACAAAUGACAGUGCUGAAUUAAGAGCCUAGCAGGGCUGCUGUCUGCUGAUGAGGAGUAUGAUGAGCCUAAUUACCGAAUCUUUUAGACAACAAAAAAAAACUGUCAUACCUCCCACGUGUCUUGCAUUUGAUGGAGGUGGUGCCAGUGGGAAAUACACAGGAUGCAUUUAUAAGAAUACACAUGCACUAUGCUAAUCUCUCACUUUCAUCUCUCUGCCUAGUCUGUCUUUUUAACAAGCCCCUCAACGUUCAACUCCUCUCUCUCACUAAUUACAAACUUUGAAUCCUCUUUCAUCAUGACUAACUUGUCCACUUCUCUCCCUCCUCCUUUCCUUCUCUGCUAGAAACAGGAACUCAUAGUAUUUAGUCUGGGAGAGAGAAAGUGAGUGUAGCAGAAUGAGGACAUGACACACUUAGAAAGACAGGGGCAACAAGACCAUUUGCACAGUGUGCAAUGUCAGCUUUAUCAUUAAAGGGUUACUCAAACCACCAUGACCACUUCUGCUUUUUGAAGUGGCCAUAGUGGUAGGAGUCUGUAUGUGCAGCAUUUCUGCUUGACACUCUGCGCAUACUGAGAUAUAUUAAUGUUUGUGCACCCCAGCCCAGAAAUCGUGUAGAAUAUAUCUGCUCUCUACACAGAAGGUACAGAUUCUUGAAGUAACAUUCCCAAGGUAUGGAUUGCGUAUAAAGGCAUAAACAAUAUUGUUACUGCUGUCGUUUGUGAGACACUGGGCAUUUGCUAAGCAGCACCUGUCUGCUACUUAUACAAAAUAUAACAAAAAAUAUAUAUGUGGUAUGAAACCCACCCACAGACGAUACCGCAACUCCAAGUAAAAUGUCUUAAAUGUCAGGUGAAAUAAUCCUGAGAUCAAGGCCUUGAUAGGGUUAAUUCCAGUGCUGGGCCAUCCCACAUAUAGUAAAAACCAAAGAAAAAAAGUUACCUGUGCAUUACUCAAUAUUCCUGCUCUUACAUUCAGCUUUUGGAGUGCUACCAUAACUAUUUUUGGCCAUACAUCACUGCAAUUUUUAUAUCAGUAAAUGUGCACUUUUUCAUUAUUUCUGUGUAUUUUUCUGAGGGUGGACUGCAUGUUGUUUUGUGUAACGGUCUGCUACUUACCCUUUUAAUUUCUAUGGAAGCAGGAAGGGUGUACUUACUUUUCCACACAUGGCUUCUCCAGAUUGGUUUAUUCUUGUUAAAGAAAUCAUGACACACUGUAGUAUGUUGUGUGUUGUAGUUUACCUGAGGUUGUUUUUACCUAAUUUUAAGACCUGCUAAGGAACAGAUGAUUGUUAUUAUGUCCAGAUAUGUUAUACCAAUGAGAGGGUGUAUUUUUUCCAGUGACUGCAUACACAGACACACAUCAUUUCAUAUUAAAUCUUGAAGUUUUAAAGACAAACAUGCAAACAUAUUGACACACAAGCACACUCCAUGGCACAAGCACACUAACUGACACACUAACAUAAACACAUUCAUUGUCACACACUCUUACUCUGACACAUACUUACUGGCGCACACUGCCCUUAAAGGCAGCUGCCAGGGUGCUUUGCUGGGUUGGCAUUGCAUGAUGCAGUGUGAUCCCUGUUUCUUAAUUUCUAUCGACUCACAGAGCUAAGGUUGCUGGGGUCAGAUGCCAUGUAUCCCAACGGGCUUAGCUCUGUGAAUUGUGAGGAGCAACUGGCACUCACACUGUUAACUGACUCCUGGCUGCAAAGAAGAUGAAGGCUGCAGCCAGCACCAGCAAGCCUCAGGUAAUAGAAAUUUCCACAGGCACAUUUCUUGGCAUCCUGGUAGGCCAGUCCAGCUCUGCACAAGAAGGCUGGUGGGAGCUCUGUGACACCCAGACUUUGUAACCCCGUGGUGGUAUGCCCUUGUGGUAGCACCGACUCUGCUAUUUGGUCUAUUGGGGAUCUACCAGGAUCAUCCAUACACCUCUGUCUUGUACUCUUUUGCAUGCAUAACAUUAUUACAGCGAUGGGCUCCUGGUGUUGAAUUUCCAGAAGAAAAUGCUGUCAUUUCACUUUCAGAAAUGUUAUAUGAUUUUUGCAUAAGAAAAAGACAUGUGGGCUCGAAAAAUGUUCACCUCAACUGGUCUAUGUAGGACAGCCUGCAGAAAUGCUAGCAAAUUUGUAAGUGGAUUGAUCCCGGAAGCCAGGAUUAUCAUAUUAUGUUCACUUGGUUAGCAGUCCAAAUCUUAGAGGAGAGAACUUGGUGGAAGCCAAAUAAGGAUGGUGCACCAGUGACGUAGCGAUUUAGGUAAUUAUAUCUGCCUGAUUGACUUAGAGUGUCAGCUGACAGUUCUAGCCAUAAAGUGGUGCCUCUGCCGGCGGUGCUCCGCACUUCCUGAAUGUAUAUUCUAUAGACUGUAAGCUUGUUUGAGGUGGGUCCUCUUCAACCUGUCGUUCCUGUAAGUUUUCUUGUAAUUGUCCUAUUUAUAAUAAUAUUGUAAAGCGCUACGGAAUCUGUUGGCACUAUAUAAAUGGUGAUAAUAAUAAUAAUAAACAGGGGUCCUCAAACUCCGGCCCCCAGAUGUUGCUGAACUACAACUCCCGAUUCUUUGAAUUACAUAGAUAGCCAGAGAAUCAUGGGAGUAGUUCAGCAACAUAUGGGGGGCCGGAGUUUGAGGACCCCUGAUAUAGAUCAUUGUAACUGAACUGGAAAUUUGGCUUAUACUAACCUACGGUAUGAAAUUAAUUUGAAUUCGCUACAACUCCCAUUUUAGUGAAUACCCCUGCCUGUGCUUGCUGGUUGGAUUUCCUAUUUCCCCACGUGCUGUCUCCUGUAGCUCUUCACGCUGAGCCUCACAUGUGACCCGAGGGGAACUCUCUCUCUCAGCAUUCAUUGUCAAAGCGCGCUGUUCGAUCAGCAGUCACGGGGUUAAGGAUGUGGAUGUGAACUUGUUAUGCUAAUCGCGGGGCCCAGCGCGCGCUCUGAUUGGCCUGCUGUCAGGGGCGUGACGUUCUGUGUUCUUUAUUGGAACGUUUCCCCGUUCUUUGGGAUUCUUCUAGCAGUCUCAGUCGGAGAGUGUGGAUUCAGAGCAGGUAUCCCCGGGGGUCACCAUGUGCUCUCCCCGCGUACCGCCAGUCUGUCCCUGAAACACCCCGGAAAUGCUGGGGCCUGCUGGGCUGCACUGAUUACAGGGCACCAUGGGUGGGGUGAGCUGGGGUAUCCUGCAUUCACCCUUUAAUCUAAACCCUUCUCUCUGUGUUUAUUGUAGGGAGCUCGCUGCAGCCGUGACAUGAUGGAGUCCUCCUCCGCAGGUUGGUGAUCACUCCAUUGGGGUGAGGGCUGGGUGGCUGUCCUGUCCGUGUCUUGUUUGUCUCGGCCAAACUGAGUGUUUCUACACGUGUCUGGCUGCAAACAGGCUUCCUCUCUUCUUCCGAGUUUGGGGUGACCUGAGAGUAAUAGGGGUCUCCCGGGGUUCCAAGGACUUUAUUUAUAGGCCCCAGAAUGCUCCCACUGUAGCGAGGGAUGCUGGGUAGUCACAUUUUUAAUGAAGUGUAAUAAAAAUAGUUUUGGACAUGCGUCACAUGUCUUAAGGCUAUCUAAUGAGUGUGUCAAGUGGUUAUGGUAUGCUGCUCAUUCUUGCAGUCUAAUCGGCAACAAAGGGUAGAAACACCAUCCACUUAUCUACUAUUAAUGUAAGGUUAUUGACUAAAUUAUGUCUUGUCAAUUAUUUAUAUAGCGCCAACAAAUUUUGUAGCGCUGUACAAUGGGUGGACUAACACACACAUAAUUGAGAUCAGACCACUGGACAUACAGGAACAGAGGGGGUUGAGGGCCCUGCUCGAUGAGCUUACAUGCUAGAGGGAGUGGGGUAUAGUGACACAAAGGGUUAAAAUAGGGGAAUUAAAUAGUUUGUUACAGAAGGGUUUAUAGUGCUUGGUAGGUCAUUUUUGACAGUUGCAGGAAAGGAGUAAUGGGGUGGGGGAUGAGAAACCUGCUGAGUUUGCCAUGAAGUUUUGUCCUGGGUGUAUACCAGCCCAUUCAGCGGAGGUGACCAGGGAUCAAGGUGGUGGUGAGGGAUCUGUUUCCUUCCUGCCGUUCUUGUACGCAUUGCUGGGAGCCGGAAUAUGUCUCUCCGACUUCACUGAACAGUGUGCAAAGGAGCAGGAAAAGAGCUUCAAUAUUUCGCUAGCCACCCUGGACCCCAGGGUAAGGAUCUCUGAAACGUAGGGAGGUUGAAAUAAAAAUUAAUAGAAACAAUUUGUAGGUGUAUGAGUCUGUCUGUCUUGGUCUCCAUUGCAUGGGAAAGGUGUCUUAUUUCCCUCCCGCCCCCCACUUUGAUGAUCUCAUAUAUGGGAGAAUACUGGACUAGGAAGCCCCUCCAAUGGACGUCUUGUUGACUGUGCCUAGAGGUGUUACUAGGCAGCAAUGUUAAAAAAAAAAACUGCUCUUUUCUUAACUGUGACACCAAGUGAUGCAAGAGACCCCUUAGAUCAGAGAUGGCGAACCUAUGACACGCGUGCCCUCUCUGUCGGCACGCGGCCAUAGGUUUGCCAUCAAUGCAGAGUAGGCACCUGCCUGCCCGAAACGUCAGGCGCCUACUCUGCUUCCGUGUCAGGAGGCAGGGGGAGGGAUCUGUGAAGCAGCUCCCCUGUCCUCCCGCGAGCAAGCUGUGUGGAGCGUUGCCGCGCGUUACCAUGGCAACGCCCCACACAGCAUCGCGCGGGAGGACAGGAGAGCUGCUCAGUACAGAACUUGCCACCACCGGACUCCCCCCUUUCAUUAAAGGUAAGUAGGAUGUAGCAUACUUUACACCCACACACAGUACCCCUACCCCCCCACAACACACACAGAACAGCACCCCACACACAAACACAUACACUGCAGUGUGUGUAUUCAUUCAGCAGUUCAAUUCUUUUAAAACAAAAGUUAUUAAUUAGUUCGGAAAACUGUACGAGUUGUUUUUUUUUUCUAAACUUAAACCUCAAUAUUCAGGUUUAAUUGCUGUGUUGGCACUUUGAGGGGAAAAAAAGUUGGCAUGUAUUGCUGUUUGGGCACUCUGGCUCAAAGGUUCGCCAUCACUGUCCUAGAUAUUGAAAGAUACCUGUUGUUACUUGGUACCAUCAGGUAUUUUUGCUCUGAAUUCUAGUUAUUUGCAACUUAUCAGGCAAGAACAGCACAUGCCUGGGACUUUUCGGUCCUGUGCAGUGAUUUGUGGAGUAGUUGCUGUGUAUGUACCAUGGCUAAGGAACGACAUUAAACACCAUACUAUUGUGGUAUCUCUUUUCAGGAAUGACCCUGCUGCAAUUCUCCUGCAUACCCUCUCAAUGGGGGAUCAUUUCACAAUGUUGAGGAGUCAUAUUGUUGCCACAUUUUAAAACUUAUCCGGACUUCAAAGUCCUGCUUUAGCUAUAUAUGAGGAGCCAGUAGUUUUGAGACCUCCCUUCCCUUGCUAUAAUAUGUGUAAAACAAAAUAAAAACACACUUCAAGCACCAUAUCCAUUUAGGUUCAGUAGCUAUACUGCUAGCAAAUGAUACACUGAAAAUGUUGGCUAACUUGACUGACUUUUUUUUUUUUUUUAUUUAUAUUAUUCUUUAGAACUGAGGCUUGGUAAGAAGAUCAAUGAAGGUAAAACUAAAGAGGUUCAUGAGUUGCUGGAUCACCCUGGCUGUGUUUUGAUGCUGUCAAAGGACCAAAUAACAGCAGGGAAUGCAGCCCGGAAGGAUCAUAUGGAAGGAAAGGCCCCCAUCGCAAACAAGACAACCAGCUGUGUCUUCAAAUUGCUGCAGGAAGCUGGUAAGUGUUGCAUGCAUACACUUCAUGAGUCGUGGUGUGUGUAUAUCUUGACAUUGGCUCAUCCUUGUUAAAGGGCCACUCCAGACUGGAAGUGAUCUCGUGUGUGUGUGUGUGUGUGUGUGUGUUCUGUUUGCUGAGCUUACAUUGGGCUUCUUCCAGGUGACGUUGCUUGGCUAAUCUGGAAUCUUCCUUGGUGUUUGUGUUCAUUACAAAAACCCUUGCACACCAGGCAUUCAUGUAAUAUGUAUCUUACAUACAUUCCACUAGUUGCGUAGAAUGGAUGGAAUUCUAUUAAUUUGCUUCAUAUUCUUCCUCAGGUAUUAAAACUGCUUUUCUCAGGAAGUGCAGUGAGGCUGGAUUCAUUGCUACCCAUUGUGAAAUGAUUCCUAUUGAGUGGGUGUGCAGGAGAAUUGCUACAGGGUCAUUCCUGAAAAGAAAUCUUGGAGUCAAGGAGGGGUACAAGUUUUCGCCUCCCAAAGUUGAAAUGUUUUUUAAGGUAAAUGAAAGCUCACCUUGUAUUGAACAAAAUGGAUUAUGCCAAGCUAAAUACAAUCACCAAGCAUUGCAAACGUUAAGUGAUUUAUUUAUUAAGCACCAACACAUUCCACAGUGCUGUACAAUGGGUGGUCUAAGACAUAUCUGUAAACAGAUGAGUUGGACACAGGGAUUGAGGGCCCUGCUCAGUGAGCUUACAUGCUAAACUUGUAUAAUAAACUGCAGACCAUUGUUCAAAUGGCUUUCAAUUCCCUGUCUUAGAACUGCUAAAUAUUUGUAGCUUGAUUAAUAUUGAAACAGUGUGGUUUUUGCUUUGCGCUGUAUCAUGUACAAAUCUUACAGGAUGAUGCAAAUAAUGAUCCACAAUGGUCAGAGGAGCAAUUGAUAACUGCAAAGCUGAACUGUGCUGGACUUGUGAUUGGUCAAGCCGAGGUGGACAUCAUGAGCCAUUCCACAGUUGCCAUCUUUGAGAUUCUUGAGAGAGCUUGGUCAACACAGGAUUGUACUUUGGUUGAUAUGAAGGUACCUAGACUUUGCAAUUAUUGGCAAUUUAAUUCCAAAUUAUUGUAAUGAUUUUUAAUUGGAACUUAAUGGGGGGAGGAGAUUUUAAAUCCUAAUAACUGGUCUCUGAGCUAAUCACCACUGCUUUAUGCAAAAGGGAAAUGUGAGAUUUCCCUAAAGAGAAAUCGAAAUUUAUUUGAUCUGUUGGUAUGAAUAGGUACUGUUAAAUAAAAAGCGCAUUUUAAAAUCCUGACCAGAGAUUGGAAAACGAAGUUGAUCACAACUAUUUGAAGCACCUGCAUUUUCUGCAACUAUUGGCAUUUUGCUGGUUCUGAAUGGAGUUGUUGACAAACCAGAAAGUGACAUGGCCAGACAUGUCCUUUUUUCCUUUCAGUAGUGUAUGCAGCUACAAAUGAGCUUCCUCCCAAACUUGUUUAUGGGAUUAGUUUCUACUGUAGAAACCUUUAAUAUUUUGGAGCAAAAAAUCCUUUUGGAUUUAGGAGGGAGUGUGUGUGUAUAUGGCAAAUUAACAAUAUUAUUGUAGUGUCUGAAGUGGUAGCUUUACGGUCUCUUCAAUCAUGCAUAUAUAUCUUCCCCCUCCUUAUAACUUUAGAUUGAGUUUGGUGUUGAUGUGACAAAAAAAGAAAUUGUUCUUGCUGAUGUCAUUGACAAUGAUUCCUGGCGACUGUGGCCAUCUGGAGACAAGACCCAACAAAAGGAUAAGCAAGUAUGUGGUUGGCUUGUAUAUUGCUGAUUUAUCUUGAAAGUUUUGCUUUUAACCCCUUAAGGACCAAACUUCUGGAAUAAAAGGGAACCAUGACAUGUCACACGUGUCAUAUGUCCUUAAGGGGUUAAAUUCAAAGCUUAACAUGGCUUUUUAAAAAAUUUAUUUUAAUUUAUUUUAGACUUAUCGUGACCUAAAGGAAAUCACUCCAGAGGCAAUGCAGAUGGUGAAAAGAAAUUUUGAGUGGGUGGCAGACAGAGUGGAGGUGAGUGUGGGGUGGCUUUUCCCUCUGUCCUACUGUUUAAACUUGACACAGUGCUUAACAUGUUUAACUCUGAAUUCCACAUUUUCUGCAAAGCUGAAGUUUUCCAUGUUUGCUAUGAUUUCAGAUUAUUUUGUACUAAACCUUUUGAAUGCAUGUGAAAUGGUUUAAUCUCUUAACUGUUGCUACAUAGAUAUCCUCCUUGCCUAAGAAGAAACUGAGGAAAUGCAGUAUUUUUGAACCGGUGCAUGGUCUAGAUAGCCUGCCAAAAGUACAGAAGACACUUUGUUCGAUGGAAGUCAAUAGUUUGCACCACAAAUUACUAAAUAGUGCUCUCUUGCCAACAAAGCCUUGCUUGUUCCAGCAUUUUAUAAAAUACAAAAAUGUGAAGCGGAAUAAAAUCUGACCUAAUGCAGCUGGAAAAAUGUUAUAUAAUUCUAUAAUAUAAAACAUGCUAGAGGUUGUGUAACACAUGUGAGUCUUUAUUUAUUUUAUUAUUUUUUUGCAGAAAGAUUUCUAUUGUGCAAUACUCGGAUUUUUUUUACUGAGACCACGGCAUUAGAUUCAGGACUUACAGAUCAAAUCAGCACAAAGGCAGAGAACAAGCAAUGUUUUAAUGUUGGCCCAUCCCAAUAUUCUGUAAUUCCUGCUUCACUUAAAGUGCACCUGUUCUGCCAUUAACCCGAAUAAGAAUUUGUUUGUAACUAAAGUUGCGCGGCUACCUUUCACCUGCCAUCUUGUGGCUUAGUGCCAUGUUGGUUAUGGUGCACUCUCUGCUUCAGAAUACUAAUAACUUGACACUGUUUUAAAUCUACUUCCCACUCAACGCACUGGACAAUAGCUGUGGUUCCUGAAAGUAAACUGCUGUUGAGGUUAGAUGUAAUCUCCAAUGGAGAAUUCCAGGACCUACCUGUAAAAUGUGAUCAGUGUCUUGAACUAUUUAAUGAACAUAGUGGCACCUAAACCUUUCAAUAUCAAAUUGAGGUUAGUCAUUACUCGAACUAGCAUUUACCUGAGAUUAGUCUGUGAUCUGUAACUGUCUGCUUGAUACAUUUACAGACUGCUUUAAAUGUCUGGGUUUUGUUUUGUCUUUCUAGCUCUUGCUUGCGUCCAAAAGCCAAAGCCGGGUUGUGGUGUUAAUGGGGUCUAUUUCAGACCUUGCACAUUGUGAGAAGAUCAAGAAGUCCUGUGCAAACUAUGGUAUCCCGUGUGAGCUUAGGGUGACCUCUGCACACAAGGGCCCAGAUGAGACCCUCCGUAUUAAAUCAGAGUAUGAAGGUGAGCUAUGAUUUAACAAGAUCUUAUUCUUCUGGUAGAAUAAAGUUGGAGUGUUACUCUAAACCAUGGGUCCUCAAACUCUGGCCCCCCAGAUGUUGCCGAACUGGGGGGUGGGUAGGGAGGAGAGAGAAAUCUUCUUAGUGGAGAGUUGUCCUUCACUUGCAGGCAUGCUUCUGCUUGCAAGGGGAAGGAUUUUCUGUUGCCAGCAUGCUGACAACAGAUGUAUAAUGUCUCUCCAAUGUCCACUCUGUACAGAGUUUUUGGCUGCCUCCGUUAUGUGUGCUAGGGUUGCAAUUUGCCCCUAGCACACCAUUAAAUCUCGAUGUGCAGUGUUUCAAACUUAAACGCUGCACAUCUAGACUCCUACCACUACGACCAUUGCAAAAGUGGUCCUGGUAGUUGGAGUAACAAUUCCGGAAUGUAUUAUGGUAAAGUGACUAUGGUGUUCCUUUUAAACAACUUUAGCUUAAAGAAGCGGUUUUAGUUUAUAGCUCAUGCCUCUUGGGUUUUACUGCUCAAUUCACUGCCAUUUAGGAGUUAAAUCGCUUUGUUUCGGUUUAUGCAACCCUUGCCACACCUCCCCUGGCUAUGAUUGACACAAACUGCAUGGGGGGGGGGAACUGGUUUCACUUUCAAUCAAAUGUAACUUACAUUAAACAAUUUUAUCUCUUGCUCUGCAAACUGAACUUUAAUCCCAUACAGGAGGCUCAUGCAGGGUCUAGCAAGCUAUUGACAUAGCAGUGGAUAAGAGAACUUAAAUUUAAACAGAACUUGCAAUAAAGGAAGGAUAAACAUUAGAUGACUCUUUACAGGAAGUGUUUAGGAAGGCUGCAAGUCACAUGCAGGGAGGUGUGACUAGGGUUCAUAAACAAAGGGAUUUAACUCCUAAAUGGCUGAGGAUUAAGCAGUGAGGCUGCAGGGGCAUGUUCUAUACACCAAAACUGCUUCAUUAAGCUAAAGUUGUUUUGGUGACUCUAGUGUCACUUUAAACUACAGUUCCAAAUUAAUAUAGGUCCUAUAGUCAGGACUAGGUAAACCAGCAACUGCCUAUUUUUAUAAAAAGAAAAAUUCACAUCCAAAUUUAUCCGUUCAUUGCAGGUUAGUACCUGUGGGUGCCCUGGUUUUGAAACUUAUGCAAGCUAAAAUUCCUCUUUCAGCGGUCUUGGUUUACAUAGAGCAUAAGUGUCUAGGGGUGUUCAGUUUUUCAUUUUUAAAUAAAUCAUGUUCUCCUAGGUGAUGGAAUUCCAACUGUGUUUGUUGCUGUGGCUGGUAGAAGCAAUGGGCUUGGGCCUGUUCUUUCUGGAAACACUGCCUAUCCGGUUAUAAACUGUCCCCCCCUUACUGCAGAUUGGGGUGCUCAGGAUGUUUGGUCUUCCCUAAGGAUGCCCAGUGGUAAGAAAUCUGUUCUUAUUUUUAUGUAUGCUUGUUGUGUAUAUGUAAAACAAUGACCUGAAAAUAAUUGUAAUUGGGGAAGAGCUAUGGAGAUUGAGUUCACCUUACAGAUCUGGUGUAAGAUUUGGCUACAUGUUAAGUCUUUUUAUUCAGUUUACAGGAAACAUUCUAUAAACUAUUACACCGUUGGUAUUUGGUCCCAGCCCAUCUAAGUUUAAUAAAUCCACUGCUGACCUGUGCUGAAGAUGCACCCAGCCUUUGGGUACUCUAUAUCAUAGCUGGUGUUAAUGCCCAAAUUGCAGAAGAUUAAGGAUGAAACCGAAAAAAGUAUCAAACUUUGCAUGUUAGAAUGUCAAUGAAACGGGCACAGCCAGUCUGUAUUUUUUAGUACAUAUACUGAAAGGAAAAGGUGGAAUUAAAUUCUUUUCAUUAUAUAAUUAUAUAAUCAAUGCUCCAACAAACUUGUUAAAUGAGAUUGAAUGAAGACUGGCUAUUUAGAAAAAUAUCUAUCUAUUAAAAAAAGAUACACACUUUUUUAUUUGGCAAGGUUGUAUUUUACAAAAGCAAAUAUCAAUCACUUUUAAUUAUAAAGCGCGUAAUUUACAAACUUUCUUUGUGUAUUGAAUGACUUAUUAUAAAAAAAAUAUAUGUAAGGUUGAUGGCUAGUGAAAAUGUAGGCCACUGCUAAACGCUUACCAACAUUUCAGUGGCCUCUCUACACUUUAUUUUUUAUUUUAUUUUUAUUCCUUUUUAUAAUUUAGUAAAGUAACGCUUUCUGACUCUAGCCAUAAUUUGUAUUUGUCUUGUAGGUCUUGGAUGCUCCACUGUGCUGUCUCCUGAAGCUGCUGCUCAGUUUGCUGCUCAAAUUUUUGGAUUAAACAAUCAUCUGAUCUGGUCAAAGUUGCGUUCGUGCACUCUGAACACUUGGAUCUCUCUCAAACAGGCAGACUCAAAGCUGAGGGCAUGCAGCAUAUAAAAUCACUGCUGUAACACCAUACGGUCAAUUCUCAUAAUUAAAACAAUUUUUCCUUACA